AUGCCCCAAGAAACCAUCCCGCCGUGCCCCAAGAAACCAUCCCGCCGUACCCCAAGAAACCAUCCCGCCGUGCCCCAAGAAACCAUCCCGCCGUGCCCCAAGAAACCACCCAGCCGUGCCCCAAGAAACCAUCCCGCCGUGCCCCAAGAAACCAUCCCGCCGUGCCCCAAGAAUCCACCCCACCGUGCCCCAAGCAGCCAUCCCGCCGUGCCCCAAGAAACCAUCCCGCCGGGCCCCAAGAAACCACCCCGCCGUGCCCCAAGAAUCCACCCCGCCAUGCCCCAAGAAACCAUCCCGCCAUGCCCCAAGAAACCAACCCGCCCUGCCCCUAAAACCACCUCGCCGUGCCCCAACAAACCAUCACAGCGUGCCCUAAAACCACCCUGCCGUGCCCCAAGAAACCAUCCCGCCGUGCCCCAAGAAACCAUCCCGCCGUGCCCCAAGAAACCAUCCCGCCGUGCCCCAAGAAACCAUCCCGCCGUGCCCCAAGAAACCAUCCCGCCGUGCCCCAAGAAACCACCCCGCCGUGCCCCAAGAAACCACCCCACCGUGCCCCAAGAAACCAUCCCGCCGUGCCCCAAGAAACCAUCCCAAAGCCCCAAGAAACCAUCCCGCCGUGCCCCAAGAAACCACCCCGCCGUGCCCCAAGAAACCACCCCACCGUGCCCCAAGAAACCACCCCACCGUGCCCCAAGAAACCAUCCCGCCGUGCCCCAAGAAACCAUCCCGCCGUGCCCCAAGAAACCAUCCCGCCGUGCCCCUAAAACCAUCCCGCCGUGCCUCAAGAAACCAUCCCGCCGUGCCCCAAGAAACCAUCCCGCCGUGCCCCAAGAAACCAUCCCGCCGUGCCCCAAGAAACCACCUCGCCGUGCCCCAAGAAACCAUCCCGCCGUGCCCCAAAAAACCACCCCACCGUGCCCCAAGAAACCAUACCGCCGUGCCCCAAGAUGCCACCCCGCCGUGCCCCAAGAAACCAUCCCGCCGUGCCCCAAGAUGCCACCCCGCCGUGCCCCAAGAAGCCACCCCGCCGGGCCCCAAGAAACCAUCCCGCCGUGCCCCAAGAUGCCACCCCGCCCUGCCCCAAGAAGCCACCCCGCCGGGCCCCAAGAUGCCACCCCGCCGUGCCCCAAGAAGCCACCCCGCCGGGCCCCAAGAAACCAUCCCGCCGUGCCCCAAGAAACCAUCCCGCCGGGCCCCAAGAUGCCACCCCGCCGUGCCCCAACAAGCCACCCCGCCGGGCCCCAAGAUGCCACCCCGCCGUGCCCCAAGAAGCCCCCCCGCCGGGCCCCAAGAAAGCAUCCCGCCGUGCCCCAAGAUGCCACCACGCCAUGCCCCAAAACCAUCCUGCCGUGCCCCAAGAUGCCACCUGCCAGCCACCCCGCCGGGCCCCAAGAAACCAUCCCGCCGUGCCCCAAGAUGCCACCCCGCCAUGCCCCAAGAAGCCACCCCGCCGGGCCCCAAGAAACCAUCCCGCCGUGCCCCAAGAUGCCACCCCGCCAUGCCCCAAGAAGCCAUCCCGCCGUGCCCCAAGAAACCAGAUCAUCUACAACAAAAAUAAUGAUCGGAGAAAUAUGUUUAUGA